UGGUCGCGAUUUGAGGGGAUAGACGUCAGUGAUCCUCAUAAGUACUCAGAGGCUAUCCUGAAAAGCCCGCAUCUAGAGGCUAUCCGGGAAGACUGGAGAAAGAAACUCGAUGCCCCAUUCUACGGCGUCACAAACGAUGGGAAAAGGAGAGAAGGCCUGUAUCAAAUUCGAGAUGAAGGCGCGCCAACGAAACAGAUGUCCGUCCGAAAAAGCAGAUACAGUCUACGACUUGGAUUCGGAUACAUGAUAAUGCUUGCAUUCAGUUUCACGUUAUUCGGUGAGCCCUCAGAAACAGAGCCCUGGGGUUACAUGUUGUUUGGCCAUCAUCUAUGCUUGAACGUUUUCAUCGCUCGCCAGCAAAUGGUGAUAGGACCAGUCUUUAUCGGCGCUGAGCCAAACGUGGUGCGGAAGAUCAUUGACGAAGGCCUCGACAAGGGUCUCACGCUGUGCGCCAACGAGGGCCAGCUGGGCCUACAGCUGAUGCAGUCUUUACCUCCGAUACUGCAACAGAAAGCUCAAAUAUACCCUACAAUGAAAGAUCCUGCAAUGCCAGAAGGUCGGUGGAACCCAGCCGACCAGAGACACAUGGCCGGAGCCUUCCAAGACAACCGCGUGAUUCCUUACGAAGGCAUCAUUGUCACCGAUAUGUCCGAAGAGCAGCAAAUACUCAUCAUGGCUAUUGUGCAUGAGUUCUUGGCCCUAUGGCCUGCUGAGCCACUCCGACACCGUUUGAAGCAGAUACUCAAGCACCUCAACGAAACGCAUUUUUGUUGGAUUGGCGGGUUCGGAGAAGAUGACCCUUUCUAUUACCGUAUUCAGAGUCCGGUGGCACUCUUUGAGUUUGACCACCACUCGGGGGUCUUCCUGACCAACAAAGAGCCCGCCAAGUAUCACAUCCACACGAUCCAGAGACUUCCGAAUGGCAAUGACUACGGGAGGGCACUGCGGGAACUGCUCCGACCUCGAUAG